GCAGUUACUCUAGCAGUGAGUCCUCUUGAGAGUUUUCCCAACCCGCUCUGAUCUCCAGCUUUUGUUGCAAUACCAGUGUGGAGUUCACACAACAGAAAGUGGCCUCUGAAGCUUUCUGGCACGGCUGGGCAUUCCGAUUGCAAAAGGAGGAUCAGGAGAAGAAACUUUUAAAGAUCGCACGCAGAAUUAGAAGAACUCUAUUGGAGACUUCUUGCUGCUUUAAAGCUCUUCGCUCUCAAGUCCUGGAGUUACUUCUUUUUCCCCUGUGAGGAUAAUGUCUCUUUCAUCACCCAAGAUAGAUGUAACUGAAAGGGGGCUGCCAAGGUUUUAUUUUGGUUUUGGUUUCUCUGCUCCCUUACUAAUUGGUUUUUUCCCAUCUUCUGCAGGAGGAUUAUAAAAGGAUUAGAGAAGCUGGGGUUUUUGGGGUGUGGGAGGUAGCUGUUGUUUUUCUCCUUUCGAUUCUGGGACCUCCUUAAUUUGUCAUUUGUUCCCUGAAGUCACUGACUGACUGGAAAAGGGAGAAGCAGCAUAACAGAUGAACUUGCACGACCAUGGAUUCCUUCCCUUUGCAAACUUUGUAUGUGGCUGCUUGUAAAAGAGGUUUUUGCAUACAUAAGCAUCAAAUGAAGAAUAGCAUCCUGGGCUGGAUUUAAAAGAAGCAAACUGCUUGUGUCCUGUGAAAGGAUAAAUUCUGUUUCAACUAUAAUUUAAAGAAGAUUGGAUGUUGUUACAGUUUUGAAUUUUGGUGAAAGAAAGGAAGGCUCUGAUCAAGUCAAAUACUCUGCCAGCCUACACCUGCAUAUUCUACAGCUGAAACUGGAAGAUGUCUUGGAAAAGAAAUUACUUUUCUGUGGGUCGGGGGAAUGUACAGGGCAUGUUUACUCCACGAAAUACAACCUCAAUAGCACCCAGUAAAGGUCUCAGCAAUGAACCGGGACAGAACAGUUGCUUCCUGAAUAGUGCGCUACAGGUUCUCUGGCACCUGGACAUUUUUCGUCGCAGCUUCCGGCAAAUAACAACGCACAAAUGUAUGGGUGAUUCUUGCAUCUUCUGUGCUCUUAAGAGUAUCUUCAACCAGUUUCAAUGUAGCAGCGAGAAGGUACUGCCUUCUGAUGCCCUGCGCACUGCUCUUGCAAAGACAUUUCAGGAUGAGCAACGCUUCCAGCUGGGCAUCAUGGAUGAUGCCGCUGAAUGUUUUGAAAACCUGUUAAUGCGAAUUCACUUCCACAUUGCAGAUGAGACAAAGGAAGAUAUUUGCACUGCACCACAUUGUGUUUCCCAUCAGAAGUUUGCGAUGACCUUGUUUGAACAGUGUGUUUGUACCAGCUGCGGUGCCACUUCUGACCCGUUACCUUUCAUCCAGAUGGUACAUUAUAUUUCUACAACCUCACUCUGCAAUCAAGCUAUUUGUAUGCUGGAGAGACGAGAGAAACCGACUCCAGAUAUGUUUGGAGAACUACUACAGAACGCCAGCACUAUGGGAGACCUGCGAAACUGUCCAAGCAACUGUGGGGAAAAGAUCCGUAUUCGUCGUGUGCUGAUGAACUCUCCACAGAUCAUCACCAUUGGCUUAGUUUGGGAUUCGGACCACUCUGAUCUGGCUGAGGAUGUGAUUCACAGCCUGGGCACUUGCCUUAAACUGGGAGAUCUCUUCUUCAGAGUAACUGAUGACAGAGCAAAACACUCAGAGCUGUAUUUGGUGGGAAUGAUCUGUUACUAUGGAAAACACUAUUCUACCUUCUUCUUCCAAACUAAAAUCCGCAAGUGGAUGUACUUUGAUGAUGCUCAUGUCAAAGAGAUUGGUCCAAAAUGGAAAGAUGUUGUGACAAAGUGCAUUAAGGGUCACUAUCAGCCUUUGCUGCUGCUGUAUGCAGAUCCGAGAGGAACUCCAGUGUCAACACAAGACUUGCCCCCUCAAGUGGAUUUACAGCAAUAUAGCAGGACUUGCUAUGAUAGCGAAGACUCGGGGAGAGAACCUUCCAUCUCGAGUGAUACCAGGACAGAUUCCUCUACAGACAGCUAUCCUUAUAAACAGGCACACCAUGAGUCUGUGGUCAGUCACUUCUCCUCUGACUCGCAGGGGACGGUCAUCUACAAUGUGGAGAACGAUGCAGCUUCACAAAGCAGCAGGGACACAGGGCACCUGACUGACAGUGAGUGCAAUCAGAGGCAUGUUUCCAAAAAGGGCUCACUGGCAGACCGCAAGAGGAGUUCUAGCCGGUCUCGGCGAAAAGGAGAUGAGGCUCAGUCAUCAGGAUACCACAGUGAAGGAGAAACCUUGAAGGAGAAACAAGCCCCCAGAACUGCCCCCAAACCAUCCAGCAGCACCAGCAGGCUGAGGGAAUUUAAAGAGACAGUGAGCAAUAUGAUCCACAGCAGACCACAGCAGAUUUCUCAAACCAUUCAGAAUUCCCCUCGUGGAGGGAGUAGUGUGGAUCAGGCAGAAACACGACCCUCAAAAAGCCUGUCUGUACGCUCUCGAGACUGGGAAGUGGAGAGUACCAGCAGUGAGUCUAAAUCCAGUUCGUCUAGCAGGUACCGGCCAACUUGGAGACCCAAAAGAGAGUCUCUGAAUAUAGACAGCAUCUUCAGUAAAGACAAGAGGAAACAUUGUGGCUAUACUCAGCUUAGCCCCUUCUCUGAAGAGGCAGGUAAAGAGCUUAUUGAGAAUGAGGUGAAGGAACACGCUGUUCAAGAAACAAGAUCAAGCCAGUCAAAUGUCAGAUACAAGCGUGGUGUGCUAGGCCGGGGCACCCAGCAUCACGUGGUGGAUCAACACCCUCAUCUAAUACAGAGGAUGGAGUCUGGCUAUGAAAGCAGUGAACGCAACAGCAACAGCCCAGUUAGUCUGGACAUGCCCUUGUCUGAAAGCUCAAGCACCCACAGGGAUGUUCAUAUGAAACGAGCAGGUGGAUUGGUUCCUGCCUGGCGUAACAUCCCAAAGUCUCACAGUAGCAGCAUCUUGGAAGUGGAGUCUACUUCAUCAAUUGGGAGCUGGGCAAACAGUCCACACGCCAUUGGAAAUGGUGGGGAGAUGUUUGUCCCUUUAAAGAGUGAACUGGAUGAAUUGCAAGAGGAGGUGGCAAGAAGAGCGCAUGAACAAGAACUACGCAGAAAAAGAGAAAAGGAAAUGGAGGCAGCAAUGGGCUUUAAUCCCCGUCCCAGCAGGUUCAUGGAUCUAGAUGAACUGCAGAAUCAGGGGAGGAGUGAUGGCUUUGAGAAGUCGAUGCAGGAGGCAGACUCAAUCUUUGAAGAGUCGCUGAAUCAGGAGCAGAAGGGGGAUUGUGCUGCAGCUUUGGCUUUCUGUAAUGAAGCUAUAUCUAAACUAAGACUUGCCAUGCAUGAUGCCAGCGCUAGCACUCACAGCAGAGCCCUAGUCGAUAAGAAGCUGCAAAUCAGUAUCCGAAAAGCCCGGAGCCUCCAGGAUCGCAUGCAGCACCAACAGCCAUCGCAGCCGCUGCCGCCGCCAGCCUGCCACCCACCACAGGGCGGCACCAUGGCCCAGUCUACAAGUGAACAGACUGGCCCGCUCCAAGUACUGCUGAGCCAGGAGGUACCACUGGAACCCAACAAAGAAGUGGAAUUUGGGUCCAGUUCUUUCUUCCACCCACCUGCUUCCUGCCAUGAAUUGCACUCAUCAUUAUAUCCAGAGUCUUCCUCCUUGCCCCCUUCUGAAAGCAAUCCAUCCAACAGGAUCUCUCCAAACUUCCAGUCUGCUUCUGCUGAUUUUCAUGACCAAGUUCCCUCUUUUCCCUAUAGGCAAGGGUUGGCAGAGAGGUCUGCAAGAACUGAGAAUGAUGCCCACCAUAGUGUGGAAUUUGCUGACACCACAGCCACAGGGCCAAAAGACUAUAGGGAAUGCUGCAGUGGCAGCAAGUUAGAAGAGGUUCAUAACAUAACGCCUAUUCUCACACCUCAGUACAAACCCAAGGCUAACACAGUAAACUUUGGGUCCUUGCCUACACUGUUUCCCUGUCCACAUCCACCACAAGCAGCAUCUCCCAAAAAGGACAGCCAGCACAGUCCUUGUUCCAAACUUGCAAGCUCUCCAGUGCGGCCCAGCAUUGAUCAUUUAGGGACCUAUCAUGCAAUGACCCCUGCAACUUCAUCCCCUACACAGCAGUGCUCCUUGGAUCCUUUGCAGAAACCAAAUAAGUACUCCAGAGCAAACAGCCAUGAGAUUUUAUUACCCUCACAGGAUGAAUAUGGCACAGCAGAAGGUUGCAAAUCUGAGGCUUUUAGUACAAAGGGACAUGUUCGCUCCUUGGCAGAGCAGUUUCAGAAAAUGCAUGCAGUCUCCCAGAGAAAAGGUACUCAUGAAAAAGGCUGGAUUGCUGCAGUGUGUCAGGAUGAGAAGUCUCCAAAGUUAACUCAAAAAUCUUUCAUCAACCCUUCAUCCUCUGGUUACAGACAGCUAAUCCAUCAAAACCAAGAGAACAAAAACCAGUCUCCUGAAAAAUUACACUCAACUGUGGAUAUUAGGGACGGGGUAGUUUCUUUGGAGGGUUUUAGUGCCCAACAUGUUGCUUCUAAGAGUAUUUAUUCUCACAGUGAAGAGCUGUGUAGAAGAGGUGGACAGAAUAUAGCAGACCCUGCACCCUACCUGGAAAGGCACUGUCAUGAUGGAGGAAUGAAACAGGUGGAUGAUGGAGCUACUAGUAGCAUGGUUGCCUCUAUGCCUGUGGACCGUUGGGUGGAUAAUGUUACUAGGUAUUACAGUUCUCAGAAGGCUAAUAAGAAUACUGAAUGGCUUCCUGUACCUGGGAGGAGUCCACCCCUUUCUGAUCAGAGAGCAGUUGGAGAUGACUUGAGCAGGAUCCCAGUACAUCUGCAUCCACAGUGGAAUCAAGACACAGAACAGGAGCUCUCAGAACUGGAAUCCCUCUAUCAGACUAGUCUGCAGGCAUCUCGGGCCACUAGGCCUUUCUUGGGAAGACAGGACAGUGCUAGGUAUCCAUUUGACCAAUCAGUCUCUGUGAACCUGAAUGUGAGGAAGCUGCGUGCUACAGCUGGCAUGGGUCUCUCGAAAACCCCAACAGCAGAGAUCGAGCGCAGUCUGUGUGGAUCCGCUGUCUCUUCUGUCUCCAAGGUCACAUAUACCAGCGAACAUAGCAGGGAACCCGAAGAGGAGAUGUACAGUGCAGAGAAUUUCCGUCGCAUUGCUCGCAGUCUCAGUGGGACAGUCACCUCAAACAGAGAAGAGACCUUGGUCUCUUCUCACAGUUUUGAAGCACCAAAUAUGAGGAAAAUGCCAGUGGACACCAGCCACCGUUCUUCCAGCUCCACUUCCCUUCCUUUCCCCCAUGAUCCUCCUGUGUUUCCCUUUGAUACCCAGCACAACCCAACCCAGGUGCAGCACCUACCCCAUGAUGUACUGAUGCCCAGCAUGGUGGGCAAGGCACGUAAACAGUCAGGAGAUCAGAAGAACAUCAUCCAGAAACUUUUGGUUGUGCCUGACAGGGGUGAAGCUUUCCAAGGUGAAGACUACCCAGGUGUGGCACUGAGCUAUGGGAGUCUCCCUUGUGCACCCAAAGGCACCCUCUCCCAGGGGCAAAAGCCUCUUGUUAAUCCGCAUUUAGGAGGUGGAGCAUCAAGUGUCUCUGGCCAUUGGCUGAACACCAGCUACCCUGCCAGGCAAACAGCCACGUUACCAGAUAAACGAACGACAUUCUGGGGAAAACAUGCUGGCCAGCCAGGCAAGAGUUUACAGGAAGGCUUCCUCCAGCAGCCUUCGCAACAUCAAAUGCGUGAAUCUUAUGCCAUCGGUUGCAGGCUACCAGCCAGCACAGACUACAGCACUUUAAGAAUACCACAUGAGCCUUCUUGGGAUCCCGGUGCCUCUCAAGGUUGUCCUGUGCCCCCUUCUUGCAUUAAGGCCCCGGGUCCAAGGAGAGUUGAUAUGCCCCCAGAAGAAGACUGGCGACAGAACAGCUACACCCCUCAGCCUGGCAGAAGGCGAAUGCUGCCAAUGCAUGUGAUGGAUGGGACUUUUUCUUCUGCUUCAGAGACACACAGAAAUAUGCUGGCUCGAGCAGCAGCAGCAGCUACUGGCACCAUGCAAAAUAAUGGCUGGUGAGAUCCCAUCCGCUCCAUGUGCCCUGAUAAACCGCUCUGUGAACAGACUAUAGCUGUUGCCAGAGCAUGGACUACAUGGAGACAGCAAACUCUGUCAAUCAGUAGCUGUGCCAGUUUUGUCUUAAAAUGUAGCUAUACAGUAUGUGGAAACUAAUUGCACUGUAUUUCAUUUCUGACACUACUGAACUGUCUGGAUGGGGAACCCUAUCUAUUCUAGUCCUGGCCUCUCCUAGAAAAAAAGUGCUAUAGGAAUGGUAAGCUUCAGGGGCGUUGGUUUAUGGGUAAGAUCAGAAGUAUGCACAUGUUUUGAAGGAAGACGGCCACUAACAAAGGACAUUUUUAAGGACUCUUUCAUGAAAUGUAGCUUUGGUAAAUUCUUCACGUAAAAACUCAAUCCUUUUGUUUUCCUCUCCUUCCUCUCUCCUGUUCCUUCCUAGAGGAAAAAAAACUGACCCACCUUCCAGGUUCCAGUAAAUCUGCACUUGGCAGGCUGGCAGUUAGUAAAGCAAACCCAGUUUUCAGUGUGCUGAGAUCUUGGGCAGAGAUCACAGCCGUAGUUGCUGCUGAGGAAGUGGCAGGGAGACGUUGUUUGUCAGUAAACCAGAAUUUUCCCCACUUCCUUAAGGCAAACUAACAAUGCUUCAAACAGAAAAGACUGUUAAUGCUGCACGCUUAAUUACACCAAUGUAAACACAGAAUAAGUUUAACUAUUUUAGUGUCAAACAUACUUGCUUUUGUAAGUAUUUUUCAAAUAAAUCUAUGAAAAUAGUUCUAUUUACCUGUCUGUGUAUGAGCUUUCUUUGCUAUUUGGCCUUUACUCAUCAGUUGGCCUGAAACUGCUGAUUUAUUUUCUUAUACAUUAACAAACAUGAGUAAAUUGUUUGCUCUAGUUCAUUAACAAAGUUUAUGUAAUAAAUAUUUGGUUAGAUUGGAGGACAUGUCUAAUUUCGUCCCUGGAUUUGGUGUGUUUCAUCACUACUCUGUGCUUAACUUUCCCCUCAUAAUGGACAGUAAUUAGCAGUGUCCUUUGAGAAGUAUUUUGAGACAUCUUUGUUGGAGGGAAAACUGCAGAAUCCGUGCAAGAUGGUAGCGUAUGCAGAUAGGACUCUUAGACAAAAAAAAGUCAUUAGAAAUUACUGGUGUAGUGAGAAGUGUCAUUUUAGUAAGAGUUGCACUCCUGCUCUUGCAAAUGCUUUCAGGUGUGGUGGUUACGAUUCCUUUAAAGAUGUGGAGGGUUCUGUUAUAUGCUUGUAUUGAGGUGGGACUGCAGCUGUGGUGGUUCUAGCCCAGCCAGCCAGUGGAAGGUCUAGACUGCCCUCUAGUGCGUGGUACUCCGUGGUAACCUGCUCUCGCUGUUGCUCUAGGUGAGGGCCUUCAUUUUAAUUUCAUGUUUUGCACCUCUGUGCUUGAUGGAAUUUCAUCGGCUUUUGCUGUUUAGUCUGAGAUUGGGU